GUUCGCGUGUGUGUGUGUUAAAAUGAUAGUUUGAAGAGAAUUAUGUCUUCUACGCCUUUUACUGGACUGUGAUUUUGACUGAUUUCAUUCCAACUGAAAGCCUACAUGAUGUAUGUUUUUGGAUUGUGAACCGGUUUCCUGACCACUUCAGGAUUAAGUGUAUGCAGAAAUUUUCUGUCUGCUCUGUAUUGCCUUGAGAUUAUGCAGUUCCAAGGUCCACAUUCUUCAUGGACUAGUAUAUACUUUACACAACAGUAUUUGACCUGAUUUUGUAUUUGGCACACAUAGGCUUGUAACCCCACCUGCCACCACCACCCCCGAAACGAGUUAUAUGAAUGUAUGUAUCAAUGAAUAUUUCUGUCUGAAGCUAAUGAAGAAAGCUACUCUUUUCCAAGCCUUUGGUACUACAGAAGGAGCUAGAUUACUGUACUGGUGGUCAGAUUGAUUCAACUGCAAGGAGUGUUUUGACAUUUUAAGGUUCAAAGUUGAUUGAUAUGCUCACUUUUCUGUCCAGAAAUGCGGCCUUCAUGGGCUGCAGAAAAGAUCCUCACUUUUGCUCGUCCCUCUCUGGCUUCAAUAUGAAAGGUUAACUAAACAAUGUUGCGUUUUACUUUUAAAAAAGUGGCAGUCUGAGAGUACUGCAUUAGUGCAUUUAUUGGUCUGAUUAAAUUCCCCUUGGCUAAGAAGUCAACAAAUGUCUGUUUUGGGGGUUUUAUUAUUAUUAUUAUUUACAUUUGUUUAUUGUGUUUAUUUGGAUUGCAGUUUUAAUCUAUGCUGUUGCACACUUUCCCCACCUUUCACAGUAAUAAUAAUAAAGACUUAAUAAUUACUUUCACAAUCCAGCUUCAGCCCAGACAGUGGUGCUCUGUUUGUUAGCUUUAAUUUAGAAAUCGUGUCAAUAAGCAGACUGCAAUCAAGAUUUCUCCCUAUGACAGUAACCCGAGAGAUGCUUCCUUCUCGUUUUCUGAAUAAAUCAGUCUACGGUUUCAAGAGGGUGAUACAGGAGAGAGUAUUUAAUUGCGUGCACAUAAAUAAUGAAUUUCUGUUGAGGUAAUAGCGAUGCCACUUACAGCACUCUAUGCUGAACAUUAAUUAAGUGACAUAAAUUCCUCCUAAUCCCUGAUGAAAAACAGCACGAAUGUGUAUUCCCUGCGAGUAACAGUGGCCUGUCUCAACUGCUGGCAGCCCAAGUGAGGCUCUUUGUGGGGGGAAAGAAACGCCGCAGCUUUAUUUUAUUUUUCUUUAAAUUGCGGCUCUUAUUUUUGUAGUAUUUCGUAUGUUUCAAGAAAGGUCCUCGUGCCAUCGUCAAAAUUGGCGCGUGAGAUGUGACGCACGGAAAUAAGUGUAAGUUCAAGACUCGCGCCGCCAGCAGGGGACUCACUUUAACUAAUUAUUUCAACAAAUGGCACCUGUUCGAGUGAAAGCACUGGCUGGGAGACCGGUUAACGCUAAACUCCUGUUUGGAAACUUUAAGGGAACAAAAAAUCCCCUAAAACGCGUCGUGUGUGAGAACACACACCAAUAAAGGAAUAUCGAGCCUGAGGGACCAGGUGCAGAUGACGGCUGUUUGUCGGUUUGAGCGUUAAGAGAAUGCGUUUUUUUAUACGCCGGCGGAUGUCCCCCCUUAAACUGGUGCUCCUUGGGGGGACUCUCUUCAUGGUGAUCUUGGUAGUUCUUCAGAGGGAUGUUGGCUCUUCAGCUGGGGACCCCUGGUUACAGGAUCUGGUGGUAAAGCGGGACAAGGUAAUGGGGAUGGUCCGAGAAGCUGUCAACAAUAUUGGCUUCCAGAUCGGCGCUCCACAGCCACCACCAGUAAAAGAGCAGCCUACAGAAGACACCAAGUGCCCCAGUGGAUUGUACACUCAGACUGAGCUCAAACCUCACUUGGAGAGACCACCACAGGACCCCCAAGCUCCAGGGGCUGAUGGGAAAGCGUUUCAAAAAGACAGCAUGACCCCAGAGGAGGAGAAGGAGAAGGCGGAGGGAAUGACACGGCAUUGUUUCAACCAGUUUGCCAGUGACCGUAUCUCGCUCAGCCGCAGUCUGGGGGAUGACACCAGGCCUCCUGAGUGCGUAGAGAGGAAGUUUCGUCGCUGCCCUCCUCUGCCUACCACCAGUGUUAUUAUAGUGUUCCACAAUGAGGCUUGGUCCACCCUCCUCAGGACGGUGUUCAGCGUCCUGCACACAUCUCCUGCUAUCCUACUAAAAGAGAUCAUUUUGGUAGAUGAUGCCAGUACUGCAGAGCAUUUGAAGAGCAGGCUGGAGGAGUAUAUACGUCAGCUGAAGAUUGUCCGUGUGGUGAGGCAGCCAGAGAGAAAGGGCCUCAUCACAGCAAGGCUUCUUGGUGCCAGUAUUGCGCAAGCUGAAGUUCUCACCUUCCUUGAUGCACACUGCGAGUGUUUCCAUGGUUGGCUAGAGCCCUUACUGGCUCGAAUUGUUGAGGAACCCACUGCUGUGGUUAGUCCAGAAAUCAGCAGCAUUGACCUCAACAGCUUCCAGUUCCAUAAGCCUGUGGCCACCAACCGCGCCUAUAACAGAGGUAACUUUGACUGGAGCCUGUCUUUUGGCUGGGAACCCAUCCCCGAGGAUGCAAAGAGGCUACGCAAGGAUGAAACCUACCCUGUAAAAACGCCCACUUUUGCUGGAGGUCUCUUCGCGAUCUCACAAAAGUACUUUGAACACAUCGGAACAUACGAUGACCAGAUGGAGAUUUGGGGCGGUGAAAAUGUGGAAAUGUCAUUCAGGGUGUGGCAGUGUGGGGGUCAGCUAGAGAUCAUCCCUUGUUCUGUGGUGGGCCACGUCUUCCGUACCAAGAGCCCCCACACCUUCCCCAAGGGCACUGAGGUCAUCACCCGCAACCAGGUGCGCCUAGCUGAAGUCUGGAUGGAUGACUACAAGAAGAUCUACUAUCGGCGUAACCAAAAUGCAGCAGUUAUGGCCAGUGAGCAUAGAUUUGGAGACAUCUCUGAUCGCCUGAAUCUGAGAGAGAGGCUUCACUGCAAGAACUUCAGCUGGUACCUAAAUACAGUCUACCCAGAGAUCUUUAUUCCAGACUUAAAUCCAGAAAAAUCUGGAUCUAUUAAAAACUUAGGGUCUAAUAUGUGCCUGGAUGCUGGAGAGAACAACCAGGGGGGUAAACCUCUCAUCAUGUAUCAUUGUCACAACAUGGGAGGCAACCAGUACUUUGAGUAUACGUCUCAUAAGGAGCUGCGUCAUAACAUUGGAAAACAGCUGUGUGUUCAUGCGGCGGUGGGAUCAGACCCGGUGAAGCUUGAGCUGUGCCGGCUUAAGGGGAAGGGUACCAGUGUGGCCCCUGAACAGGAGUGGGUCUUUACAGAGGAAAAUCUUCUGAAGAAUCCAAGCAGUGGACAAUGUUUAGCGUUGAAAGGAGGCCAGAUUUUGAUGGACUGCAAUGCUGCCGAACUCCACCAGCACUGGACUUUCACCUGACCUUCCAGUCUUCCCGCCGGGUGACCUUUGAUACCUUCUACCCUCCCCCCCCUUUCUCAAACCUGGCACAAAGGAGCCACAUCAAUAUUGAUCGAGUAGAACUUCACCGAAGCUGUGAAGCUUGGGGCGCAUACUGAAUGAAUAUUUAAAGAAGGAGGGACAAGGUAAAGACGGUCACAUCUGUCAGAUGCCUGGGGUGGUCUUAGUUCAUUUUAAAUUUAUUUAUGAAAGAAACUCUGCAAAGACAUUUGCUGGUGGUUGGGGAUCUUCAGCGUCUGGGCUGCGGCACUUGGGAGUGUCACCUUGAUCAGGGCGAAGCUGUGAAAACGUGACCUUAAAUGACUGGAUUUGCUCCUAAACUUGGAAAAUUCUUCUUGCUUUGUUUUUGUCAGACACUGAAUGUGAUCAUAAGUUUAUGGAGUAACAGAUGUCUGCUUUUUAAAUAAAAAUUAUGUUUUAGAUGA